CUUGAGAUGGCGAGCAACGAUCCCACAACGUUGCAAUGGCUCCUGAGCCUCACGGAACCGGGGCAAAUCCUGGCCAUGUCCAUGUCUUGUAGGUUACUCCACUGCGUCUGUGUCUGGGUACAGUCUACACCAGUAGCUACCUCACCUCUACAUGAUAAUUAGGCCGGUAUUGAAAAAAGGAAAAAGCCUGCUAACAAGGCCAGACUACAUCGACGCCAACAUAAAAGCCAUUCUGCGAGGACAGAUCCUAGCACCUAUUCUGAAUGCCCAGCAGCUUCGCGACGAGGCGUUUGGGAAAUUCUGGGUUGCCUUUAGC